GAGCGGAGGGAGGGAGCGGAGCGGGCAGCGCCGCGGCUCCGUGCCCUGCGUGCGUGCGUGUGUGUGAGAGGAGCGGGCGGGCCGGCGGUAUAUAGAGGAUGUGCCGCCGCAUGGCUCGCCCCGGCCGCUGCCGCGCCAGCUCCUUGGGCCAGCGCCAGUGAAGCCUCUCGCCCUCGCCGCCCGGGCAGCCGCCUCCCUGCCCGCUCCCGGCGCCUCUGCCGGCCUCUCUGCCGGGUUUCCGGCGCCCCGGCGUCCCUCCUGCAGCGGCCGCUUCCCGCGGCUCCUCCGCGCCGGGGCAGAGCGAGCGCGUCCAUGCGGUGCAGAUGGCCGGGGCACAGCCAGGGGUGCACGCUCUGCAGCUCAAGCCCGUCUGCGUCUCCGAAACCCUCAAGAAAGGCGUCAAAUUCGUCAAGUGGGACGAUGACUCCACUGUUGUGACUCCAAUUAUCCUCAGAACAGACCCACAGGGAUUUUUCUUCUACUGGACAGAUCAAAAUAAGGAGACGGAGCUGCUGGAUAUCAGCCUUGUCAAAGAUGCCAGAUGUGGAAAACAUGCCAGAGCUCCCAAGGACCCGAAGCUGCGCGAGCUGCUGGAUGCUGGGAACAUGGGAGGUCGGCUGGAAAAUCGGAUGAUCACUGUUGUGUAUGGCCCAGACCUGGUCAAUAUAUCCUACUUGAACCUGGUGGCAUUCCAAGAUGACAUAGCAAAGGAAUGGUCAGAUGAAGUGUUCAGUUUGGCAACAAAUUUGUUGGCACAGAACAUGUCAAGGGACGCAUUUCUGGAGAAAGCCUACACAAAACUCAAGCUGCAGGUGACUCCAGAGGGGCGCAUUCCUCUGAAGAACAUAUACCGCUUGUUCUCCUCAGACAGAAAACGGGUAGAGACUGCGCUGGAAGCCUGCAACCUUCCCUCUUCCAGGAAUGAUUCAAUCCCUCAAGACGACUUCACGCCAGAAGUGUACAGAGUGUUCUUAAACAACCUCUGCCCUCGGCCUGAGAUCGACCACAUCUUUUCUGAAUUUGGGGCCAAGAGCAAACCCUACCUUACUGUUGAUCAGAUGAUGGACUUCAUAAAUUUGAAGCAACGGGAUCCACGAUUAAAUGAGAUCCUUUAUCCACCACUCAAACAAGAACAAGUUCAAGUGCUGAUUGAGAAGUACGAACCUAACAGCAACCUAGCAAAGAAAGGACAGAUAUCCGUGGAUGGAUUUAUGCGGUAUCUGAGUGGAGAAGAGAACGGUGUCGUUCCACCUGAGAAACUGGAUUUAAAUGAAGACAUGUCUCAACCACUGUCACACUAUUUCAUCAACUCCUCACACAACACCUACCUCACAGCUGGACAGCUGGCUGGCAACUCCUCGGUGGAGAUGUACCGGCAGGUGCUCCUGUCGGGCUGCCGCUGCGUGGAGCUGGACUGCUGGAAGGGACGGACAGCGGAGGAGGAGCCGGUCAUCACUCAUGGAUUCACCAUGACAACUGAGAUAUCCUUCAAGGAAGUAAUAGAAGCUAUUGCUGAAUGUGCAUUUAAGACAUCACCCUUUCCAAUCCUCCUUUCCUUUGAAAAUCAUGUGGAUUCCCCUAAACAGCAGGCAAAAAUGGCAGAGUACUGCAGAUUAAUAUUUGGAGAUGCACUGCUUAUGGAUCCAUUGGAAAAGUACCCGCUGGAAGCUGGGGUUCCUCUCCCAAGCCCUAUGGAUUUAAUGUACAAAAUCCUGGUGAAGAAUAAGAAGAAGUCUCAUAAGUCAGCAGAUGGAAGUGCAAAGAAGAAGCUGUCGGAGCAAGCUUCCAACACUUGCAGUGACACAUCCAGUAUGUUUGAGCCUUCCUCCCCUGGAGCAGGAGAAGCAGAGAUGGAGAGUGACGAUGACGAUGACUACGAUGACGACUGUAAGAAGUCGUCGAUGGAUGAAGGUACUGCUGGAAGUGAGGCUAUGGCCACGGAAGAGAUGUCUAACUUGGUAAACUACAUUCAGCCUGUGAAGUUUGAGUCAUUUGAAGUAUCAAAAAAACGCAACAAAAGCUUUGAAAUGUCUUCCUUUGUGGAAACCAAAGGGCUUGAGCAACUUACAAAGUCUCCUGUGGAAUUUGUGGAAUACAACAAAAUGCAGCUGAGCCGGAUUUACCCAAAGGGAACACGAGUAGACUCUUCCAACUACAUGCCACAAGUCUUUUGGAAUGCUGGCUGCCAGAUGGUCGCCCUCAACUUCCAAACCGUAGAUUUGUCUAUGCAAAUAAACAUGGGAAUGUACGAGUACAAUGGCAAAAGUGGCUACAGGUUAAAGCCAGAAUUCAUGAGAAGGCCAGACAAGCACUUUGAUCCGUUUACUGAGGGAAUAGUGGAUGGAAUAGUGGCCAACACUCUGUCUGUCAAGAUUAUUUCAGGUCAGUUCCUUUCUGACAAAAAAGUCGGUACCUAUGUGGAAGUGGACAUGUUUGGCCUGCCUGUGGACACCAGGAGAAAAGCUCUGAAGACCAAGACUUCUCAAGGCAACGCAGUGAAUCCAGUCUGGGAAGAGGAAGCCAUAGUGUUUAAGAAGGUGGUUUUGCCUUCCCUGGCCUGUUUAAGGUUAGCAGUGUAUGAAGAAGGAGGGAAAUUCAUUGGCCAUCGGAUAUUGCCAGUCUCAGCAAUCCGACCAGGCUAUCACUACAUCUGCUUGAGGAACGAGAGGAACCAGCCUCUGACACUGCCAGCUCUCUUUGUGUACAUCGAGGUCAAAGACUAUGUCCCUGACACUUACGCAGAUGUGAUUGAGGCCUUAUCCAACCCAAUCAGAUAUGUAAACUUGAUGGAGCAGAGAGCUAAGCAGCUGGCUGCACUGACUCUGGAAGAUGAGGAAGAGGUCAAGAAAGAGAUUGACCACGGGGAUGCACCAUCUGAAGCUAACAAUGAACCCAGGCCAACACCAGCAGAAAAUGGAGUAAAUUUCACUGCCUCCCUCACACCGAAACCAGCAACUCAGGUUGUUCACAGCCAGCCAGCACCAGGUUCUGUGAAAGCACCUGCAAAGACAGAAGACCUUAUACAGAGUGUCCUCACAGAAGUGGAAGCACAGACCAUUGAGGAGCUAAAACAGCAGAAGUCCUUUGUUAAACUUCAGAAGAAGCACUACAAGGAGAUGAAGGACCUGGUGAAGAGGCAUCACAAGAAAACCACCGACCUUAUCAAAGAGCACACGGCAAAGUACAACGAGAUCCAGAACGACUACCUGCGGCGGAGAGCGGUGCUGGAGAAAACUGCCAAAAGGGACAGCAAGAAAAGGUCUGAGACGAGUAGCCCCGACCACAGCUCUUCCACCAUUGAGCAGGAGCUGGCUGCACUUGACUCUGAGAUGACCCAGAAGCUGGUGGAGCUGAAGGAGAAGCAGCAGCAGCAGCUGCUGAACCUCAGGCAGGAGCAGUAUUACAGUGAGAAGUACCAGAAACGGGAGCACAUCAAGCUGCUAAUUCAGAAGCUGACAGAUGUAGCAGAGGAGUGUCAGAACAACCAGCUAAAGAAACUGAAAGAAACAUGUGAGAAAGAAAAGAAAGAACUGAAGAAAAAAAUGGACAAGAAGAGGCAGGAGAAGAUCACAGAAGCAAAGUCCAAGGAUAAAAAUCAAAUGGAAGAGGAGAAGACGGAAAUGAUCCGGUCCUACAUCCAGGAGGUGGUGCAGUACAUAAAGAGGCUAGAAGAUGCUCAGAGUAAAAGGCAGGAGAAACUUGUAGAAAAACACAAGGAGAUUCGCCAGCAAAUACUGGAUGAAAAGCCUAAGUUGCAGGUGGAACUUGAUCAGGAAUAUCAAGACAAAUUCAAAAGACUGCCUUUGGAAAUUCUGGAGUUCGUACAGGAAGCCAUGAAAGGGAAAAUCAGUGAGGAUGGAGACCACAGUUCUGCCCCCUCUUCCCUGGCAUCUGACAGUGGAAAAUCAAAUCAUAAACCUCCACAAAGUGAGGAGGAAUUGGAAGAAGAUAACCAAGAAAAAGUGUUUGAUACUACUUUUUAACUGCCCAAGAAACAAUCAGUGCACCGGGGAGCACCAUUCCCAACUGCCCGUCUCCAGUCUCCCGGGGUGAGCUGCCGCUGGAGUGCUUCGGGAGGCAGGAGGAAUCUGCAUUCAAGUGCACAUUUCCCCAAAGGAAUAUUUUAUAAAAAGUAUUCUGCAAAGGUCUUCAUUCUCAUUCUUCAUCUGAUUAUUGUUCUAAAGCUUAGUGCAGUUGUAAUGGGAAAAUUAAUAUGUUAACCUCCCUCUUUUUUUUUUUUUUUUUUGGGACAGUUUACAAUGGGUAAUUUUCUGGCCAUUUUCACUGCUAAGAAUGUUUCAUGAAGACCAGUGUAUUGUAUAGAGAAAAGUGUGUGCAGAUUUCCUUUUGGAGUGCCAGAGCAAACUG